AGUUGAGCAUGAAGUCCCAAAGUCACCAGUAUGGCGAAAUGAAUUUUUAAAUAAAUUCGACGAAAACCGGUUCCGCCAAAUGCUUCGAGUAAGCAAGGAACAAUUUAACAAAAUAUUUAACCUGAUUAAGAACGAUCCGGAAUUCAAUAAAGCACAUUCCUCCAAACAGAUUCCUGUGGACUUGCAGCUAGCAAUUGUGCUUUAUCGUCUGGGCUCAUGCGGAGAGGGUGCUGCAUUGAAAAAAAUUGCAACAUUAUUUGGUGUAGGAGAUGGUGGAACUCUAUCCAUAAUUACAAAAAGAGUUUUCAGUGCUAUACUAAGGUUAAGAGAUUCCUUCCUUUUUUGGCCAAAUGAAACAGAGCGAUCAGAAAUUGUACAUGCUACGUAUUCUGAAAUGCCAUUUUGCAUUGACUAUAUUGAUGGUACGGAGAUAAAGCUAGCAGAAUCGCCAGUUAUCGAUCCUACAUCAUUCUUUUCUCGUAAGCACAUCUACUCAAUCAAARCCCAAAUAGUUUGCGAUUAUAAACUAAAAAUACGACACGUAAUGGUGGGACAUGUUGGCAGUUGGCAUGAUGCGAGAGUAUACCGCAGCAGCUCACUUUUCUUGCAAAAAGWAAAAUUUUUUUCGUCACAGCAGUGGUUAGCUGGUGACUCAGCCUAUCCUUUGUCCGAAACUAUGAUAACUCCAUUCCGAAGUAAUGCUCGAGUGCUAGACAUAAAUUCUCGAAUUAAUUUCAAUUUGCGUCACAGUAAAUUUCGAGUUCGAGUCGAACAUGGCUUCGGCCUAUUGAAGGAGCGGUUUUGCAGUCUUAAGGAGUUCAGAGCACGCCUUAUAGAUAAAGAAAGCCACAAUUUAUGUUGUGAUUGGUUUGUUGUGUGUUGUAUAUUGCACAACAUASUACGAGAAGAUGACAGCACAAACAACGAAUACAUAAAUCUCGAUGAGGACACCACGUACGAGUACACUGAUGACAACGGUGAGGAAAGCGAGGAUGUACAACCAAACAGAAAAGGGGAAACUAAAAG